AUGCCACAGAUUGUCGAAAAAAAGGGGCUUUGUCGGCAACAAGCUUCGGCGACGAGCGGAUUAAAAAGAUCAAAGUAUCCUGGGAAGCCAGUUCCCCGCGUAACAAGCGAAAACAGUCGUUUUACCAAUGUCAAAAACAAGAAUUUGGUACAAUGCUUUGCUCCACAAAUUCAACCUCCUGUCACGUCACAGACAAGCGGCGGCGGUGGCGGUGGAGGCGGCCUCUAUCAUCAUCGUAAAUGUAUUUUGCCCGGUGGCAGAGCGGUCGAUCAUCGGUUUCGCCCGAUCGUCAAUACCAACAAAAUUUGCGCCACUACGAAAUGUCAACCUGCUUUUCGGGUUCCCCUUACACCGACGAGCAAAAAAAAAAGCCUCUCCAUGAUUGAUUUGUCUCCCGCUGCUGUUGGUGCAACCGCUGCCUCUAGCGAUGCACGUGGCGGCGGUGGUGGUGGUAUCGAUCACGAGAUUCCUCAUAUCGGGUCGGAGAGCGGUUCGAGUUGUUCGGUACUGGGUGGCGAAAGAUCAGUCGUCGAGGCGGGUAGUCAGGGAAAAAGGAAUGCUCGGGACAGUCGGGGUAACGGGGACUGUCGUAUCGGGCUUCUUUCGGGGAAUGAAAAAAUCACCAAAAUGUGGCUCGACGAACCGAAUUCGGAACGACUCGAGGAGGAGCGAAUCGCUAAAGCUGCCAGUACCGUUUGUCGUCUCCUCGCGAUAAACGCUUGGCGAACGAGACGAGAGGAGGUCGACUCGCUGAGAGAAACCGUUCAACAACUUGGACAACAAGUCGAUCAUCUGCACAUUCAGAUCGUUGUCCUGAGACGGCUUCUCCAUACGGAAAAAUGCCGGGUCGAGAAACUCAGCGGUGACGCUCAUCUGGCCAAAAUUCAAUUGGAGGAAACCCGACGGGAGAGGGAAGAAGUGAAAAAAGAAAAGGCCCAAGCGGAGGAUGAAUUGAGGCGACUGAAGGGCGAAUCGGAAGAGCAAACUGUGGCGACGGAGAACUUGAGAAACGAGGCGAUGACGUUGAAACAUCAGGUGGACGCUCUCGACCAGCAAAUAUCGAGGGAUCGUCAAAAAUUGCUGGGACUUCGAGAGGACAAGAAAACAUUGCUCGACAAGGUUUGCACCGCUGAAGCUCUCGCCGAUGAACGCGGCAUCAGAGCCGAGAAUGCCGAAGCGGCCGUUCAAGAGUUACAGAGUAGACUCCGCGCUCAAGAAACUCGGAUCGGGGAACUCGAACGAGAUUAUCGGAAAAGCACAAAAGAUUCAAAAACAACGGAGGUGGAAAAGGCAAAUUUGGAAAAGCGACUACGAUUGAGCGAAGACUCGGGCAGGGCCCUUGGUUUACGAGCUGCGAAUCUUGAAAUGCAAUUGAACGAUCGCGAGGCUGCUCUGAGGCGUAUAGAAUCCGCGUAUAACGCGCAACUAAAUGAAUUGUCGGAGAUUCGUGAGCGAAUGGUACGCCAGAGCGAGGACGUUGGGUGGAGCAGUCGAGUGUUGCAGAUCGCCGGAAGUGUGGCCUGGGCGCCGCGUGCAAUUCUUCGUUCCCUCUCGUUUCUCUCCAACAGUGGAUCGCAUUGAGGAACCUCCUUAAAAGUGCAAGUGCUCCGAGAAAAGUCCGUCCGCCGAGGUCAAUUGACCGAAGUCGAAUUGGACAACGUUUCCCUCUCGCCUUCCUUCUUUUUUAUACAUCGAUAUUAUACCGUAGGAAUAUAUUAAGAAAUUAUACAGAAAGACCGAAUGAUUUUAAGAUUAUUGAUGAAAAUAAGAGAAUAAAUUGUAAAAAGAAAAUAUUUCUCAGGCACUCUCUGACAAACGACGAACCGCGUAUUCAAUUCUGUUUUUUUUUUCUCAUUAUUACAAGUACAAAGACUCUGUCGGAUGUUCCAACUGCUACCAGAACGGUGAUUAGAAUCGAGGCGUAUGUGGAAAGCUCUAUUGCACGACUAUUGGAAAAAUGAUGGGCAAAUAAUUUACUCAUCACCGUUCGACAAUCGUGUUUGGUACUAUUUAUUCAAGUAUAAAUACUCGUUCAACUCGAUCGAUCCGCAAUUUCAUCCGUACCGAUAACCAAAAUUCGUUUUUUUAAAUAUUUUUCAUCUCCGCGGAGGUAUUCGCAACGUUACGUACGUUGGUCAGUUAAUGUUGAGAUACUGCUGCUAAAUAUGAGGAAAUCUUUUGGUGCCGUGAUGCGAAUAAUAAAAAUGCUUCCCAUUCGACGAAAGUACGUUGAAACUUUGGAGCGAUGCAACGCAUCCACGAAUAAAUAAUAGCCUCGUUUGUAGUUGAACCGUUCUUCGUUGCGGUCGUUUGUUUUUUAUUA